GCUCUUGUUUUGCAGUGUUGCCCGUGCAAGGAGACGUCCUGGAGCUGGAAUCGCUCACAUAACCCUUAAAGAUGAAGGCAGCAGAUGAGCCUGCCUACCUGACAGUGGGGACUGAUGUCAGUGCCAAGUACCGUGGUGCCUUCUGUGAGGCAAAGAUUAAGACAGUGAAAAGGCUUGUGAAAGUCAAGGUGGUCUUGAAAGGGGAUAACUCAACUCAGUUAGUGCAAGAUGACCAAGUCAAAGGACCUCUAAGAGUUGGAGCAAUGGUUGAAACCAAAAUGCCCGAUGGAUCUUUUCAGGAAGCAGUUAUCAGCAAGCUGACAGAUGCCAGUUGGUACACUGUAGUUUUUGAUGACGGUGAUGAAAGGACCUUGAGGCGAACUUCAUUAUGCUUGAAGGGAGAAAGGCACUUUGCAGAAAGUGAGACACUUGAUCAACUGCCACUAACCAAUCCAGAGCACUUUGGAACUCCAGUUAUUGGGAAGAAAUCUAAUCGAGGGAGAAGAUCUUCUCUUCCUGUUACUGAAGAUGAAAAGGAAGAAGAAAGUAGUGAAGAAGAGGAUGAAGAUAAGAGGCGCCUCAACGAUGAAUUGCUUGGCAAGGUUGUGAGUGUGACUUGUAAUGCAGAGAAGGCAGACUGGUACCCAGCUUUGGUUGUGUCACCGAGCUGCAAUGACGACGUCGCGGUGAAAAAGGACCAGUGCUUAGUUCGAUCCUUUGCAGAUUCCAAAUUUUACUCAAUAGCAAGAAAAGACAUUAAGGAACUAGACCUUCAAAACUUACCAAAAUCAGAGUCCUCUCCUAAAAAAGGGCUACAGGAGGCAACCACGUUUCUCAGCACCAAGGGUGUUCCUCGGAACUGGAAAAUGGACAUCAGUGAGAUUCUGGAGUCCUCCAGCAGUGAUGAGGAAGAUGGAGCUGCUGCAGAAACUGAUGAAGAGGAACAAAAAAGAGAAGAGAAAACUGAAGAAGUAGCGCCUGAGGAAGAGCUUGAUCCUGAAGAGAGGGACAACUUCCUCCAACAGCUUUACAAGUUUAUGGAAGACAGAGGUACUCCUAUCAAUAAACCACCGGUUCUGGGCUACAAGGACCUUAAUCUCUUCAAACUUUUUAGGCUGGUUUAUCAGCAGGGUGGGUGUGACAAUAUUGAGAGUGGUGCUGUAUGGAAGCAAAUUUAUAUGGACCUUGGCAUUCCUAUUUUGAACUCAGCUGCUUCGUACAAUGUAAAAACUGCUUAUAGAAAGUAUCUUUAUGGUUUCGAAGAGUACUGCCGUUCUGCAAACAUUCAGUUCAGGACCAUCCAUCACAAUGAACCAAAAGUGAUAGAAGACACACAGAAACACGUGGAACCAAUGGAGGAAAGUGUGAAAGAGGAACAAAAAAUGCCCCCAACAGAAGUUAAAAAAGAAGCAGAAGAAAAUUAUUCCAGCAGUGAAAGUGAGAAAGAAGAAAUUGAACUAAGAUCCCCAAGGGGACGAAGAAGACUUGCCCGUGAUGCAGCCCCUGCUAAAAAAGAUGGUGAGGAGGAUAAAACCCAAGACAAAUUAAAAGACAGUAACAAAGAAAACAAAGAUGUGGAGGAAACACCUGAGAAUGCAGAGAAGAAAGAAAAUGAAACCCCACUAGGGAAGAAAAGCACACCAAAGCAAAAAGAGAAGAAAAUGAAAAAGCAGGAGGAUUCUGAUAAAGAGUCAGAUGAAGAGGAGGAGAGGCAGAGGGACAGGGAAGAAAUUGAGAACAAAGGAGAGUCAGAAGGUGAAGAGGAUGAGGAGGAUACAGAACCCUGCCUGACUGGAACCAAAGUGAAAGUAAAAUAUGGACGUGGAAAGACUCAAAAAAUUUAUGAAGCCAGUAUUAAAAGCACAGAAAUGGAUGAUGGAGAGGUUUUAUAUUUAGUUCAUUACUACGGUUGGAAUGUAAGGUAUGAUGAAUGGGUGAAAGCUGAUCGGAUUAUCUGGCCAGUGGAAAAAGGAGGACCAAAGAGAAAACAGAAGAAAAAAACAAAAAAUAAAGAAGAUGGUGAAAAGGACGAGAAGAAGGACGAGGAGAAACAAAAAUCCAAGCGUGGGCGGCCCCCUCUGAAAUCCACUCUGCCAUCCAACACGUCCUGCAGCCUCCCCAAAACGCCCAGCAGCGAAGCAACACCUCGCAGGCAGACGAGACGUAGCUCAGGAAUGUUUGAUUCUGAUAGAGGAUCAAACGACUCUGGCACAUCUGACAGUGAAGCAGAUGAGUCAUCUGAAAAGAAUUUGAAUGAAGAAUUUUCUCCAGAAACUUCAGAACUGGAAAAAAGUGAAAAACUCCGUGAUGAGAAGCUGGAUGAGGAAAACCCAAAGAUUUCUCACACCCUGAAGGAAAACGACAGGACUCAAGUACAGCCACUAGAAACACUGAAACUGGAAGUUGAGGAAAGUGAACAGAUUGUUCAAAUUUUUGGAAAUAAGACGGAUCAAACGGAAGAAAUCAAAAGAGAGGUUGAAAAAUCGCCUAAGGGAAAAGGGAGAAGGAGCAAGACAAAAGAUCCCUCAUUGGAGAAUGUGAAGAUUGCACCAGGAAGCCAGGAAGAGGUGGCAAAUGAGUCUCUUACCGAGCCUGAAAGGUUAGAUGUGUCUUCCUUGGACUGUAAAGACAUUUCCAGCACUACUGAAAGCGAAACAGAGCCCUCCACAAAAGAUAAGAAACUUUUGAAAAGGAAAACUUUGGAGCAGGCAUCACCCGAGAAGAGAAAUCGGCGAGAGAGCGAGAUGGAAGUGCCAAAUAUUGUAUCUGAAGAGAGGACCAAUGAAUGUAGUGGAGCAGAGGAAUGUAGAGGGCUGAGUGCUGAGGAGUCCCUCAGAGCAGAGCAGGAGGAGAUGCCAUCCCUGGUGGCAGAGUCGGUUCCUCAUGCUGCGGAGCUGAGGAGCGACAGCUUCCAGCGGCCACCCGAGGCCAGCGAGAGCCUUCCCUCCAAAGAGGAGGAUGACACAAUGCCUCAGAUCGGCCCUGAGACCUUGCUGUGCCAUGAAGUUGACCUGGACGACUUGGAUGAGAAGGAGAAGAGCAGCAGUGAAGACACAACAGCAGAAAAGCCAGACCCCAGUGCUUCCAGCUCAGCCCCCUCUGCCUUAGCCCCCAGUGUCCCCUCGAGCUUCCCAGUGGCCUCUCCUCUGGCCCUGAGCCAGGACGAGUCACGCAGCAUCAAGAGUGAGAGUGACAUGACCAUUGAGGUGGACAGUGUGGCUGAGGAGUCUCAGGAAGGGCUCUGUGAGAGCGAGUCUGCCAAUGGAUUUGAAGCCAGUACCACGUCCAGCAACUGCAGCAUCGCCGGGCAGGAGAGGGAGAUGGGAGAGAAAGGUCAAAAAAGACCCAGUGACAGCAAUAGUGGAACACUGGCAAAAAAGCAAAAGCGAACUCCAAAGCGAACCAGUGCUGCAGCCAAAAAUGAAAAGAAUGGAACAGGACAAAGCAGUGACAGUGAGGACCUCCCUGUCCUGGACAGUUCCAGUAAAUGUACUCCUGUCAAACACAUCAAUGCAUCCAAAGCACAGAAGAUUUCCCGCUCCCCUGCCAGAGUGAUUUCUCCUCACAUCAAAGAUGGAGAGAAGGACAAGCACAGGGACAAGCACCACCACCAGAAUGCUUCACCCAGAGUGUACAAAUGGAGCUUCCAGCUCAAUGAACUGGACAAUAUGAGCAGCACUGAAAGGAUCUCCUUCCUACAAGAAAAACUCCAGGAGAUACGAAAAUACUACAUGUCCUUGAAGUCAGAAGUAGCAACCAUAGACAGGAGAAGGAAACGAUUAAAAAAGAAAGACAGAGAAGUGUCCCACACAGGAGCAUCCAUGUCAUCUGCUUCCUCAGACACUGGAAUGAGCCCCUCGUCAUCCUCUCCUCCCCAGAACGUGCUGGCUGUGGAAUGCAGGUGAUAAAACAUUUCUCUGCCUUGCCAGCAGCUCGCUGCCAUGGACAUAAACCCUGAAAUUCAGCCACAGAAAGCACUCAACUGGUUGGACAUUGCCAAGUAUAUCCUGUACACACUUCCACUGCUGGACUGUACCUGUUCCCCCCUCCUGCCCCCUUCUUUUGUUUAAUUUACUGUUCAGAGAACUUAAGCUCAUUGGUAACUGAAGGUUUGUAGGCACAACGUGACAUCCUUGUCAUUGUGUUUGUUUCUGUUUCUUGUUUGUUUCUUUUUGUUUUGUUUUGUUUUUUUCCUAACACAGAGAAAGGGCACUUAUCAAAUUUGCAAAGUUAUGUCCAAUGAAGCAUUCAGGUGUUCUAGGGUGAUCUUAAAAAACAAAAAGCAAGUGCACCAAGCAGACAUCAGAAUAUUAUCCAAAAGAACUGAGAAACUGCUGCACUUUCACCGAGCUGUGGGUAACUCUUGGUGAGUAGUUCCUCUUUGUGGAAGCACUUGCUAUACAGAACUGCCAAAGUAUGUGUUCAGCAAUGUGCCCAGUUUUAAAGCUGUAAAUGGGACAAAAUAAAUUGUGAAAGGAAGUGUAGUUGACUGAAAACUACAGUUGUAAUAAGUCUUCCACUUUUUAUAGGAUUUUUGAGCACACAAUUAUGCAAAUGUUUUAAUGUUUAUUAAUGUUUACAGUGGAAUUGUGAAUAGGUUUUCAGUGGACUAUCUUAUCCCUUGACAAAAAUAUUUUGUCUUUUUUCUAUGUAAUUUCAGAGUUUUUAUUUUGUUACAAAAAGACAAAAAAUGAAAUAUAUAACAACAAUGAAGUUAUUUAACAAGAUUUCUAAAGCUGAAAUUUUUGUGUAAAAUAAGGUAUCUUGCAACUUGUUAAAUAUAUUUA